GACUCCACUCGGUCGAGGCGAUGACACAGAACGGCGGCUCCACAGCGAAAUGUUCAUGUUCUCAACGCGAUUGACCCACGGCACUUGACGUAGAAUGGAGAAAAACUUAGUUUCCUGUCCGUAUUGGCCCGUUGCGAAGUGCGUUUUUCUAUUGGCGUUAACUUCCCUCGUGUGCGUAACGACAGCGGAGGCGAGAUGCUCCCCGCCGUGCCAACAGCAGCCGGACCUCCGGUCGAUGGAUGGGGAUCGGUACAGCGGUGAGUUUGUCGGAUUAAACGAAGGCGUAUCUGACGAAGGGGCUCCGGAGAGCGGUGAACGAGUCGACGGAGGUGGAUCGGUGGGAUUAAAAGAAAGUUCGUGGAGAGAGCAUCAGCAACAGUUAAGGCAAAAAGCAAUUUUUCCCGGAAAGGAAGCAUUCAAUGGCCAAGAGAAAGUUUAUCACUCGGGGGAGUCAACCCAUCGCAGAGUCCCACAUGGCGUCGAACACACGAACCGGGCGCAGGGGGAACACAACGCCGUGUCCGAAGAUGACCACACUGUGAUUACGCGUCGAAGAAAGCGCAGUGAAACUUGGUCCGAAUUGCAAUGGAAUAGUAAGGAAGACACGUCUUCGCUUUCGGGCCAGACUGAGUUUAAGCUGACGAGCACAUCAUUCGCCCUGACAGGGGACUCGGCCCAUAACCAAGCCAUGGUGCACUGGUCUGGACAGAACAGCAGCGUGAUUCUUAUGCUGACAAAAUACUUUGACUUCACCACAGGCAGAGUUACGGAGAGUUCUUUAUGGAGGUCCACCGACUAUGGAACUACCUACGAGAAGCUGAACGAGAGAGUGGGACUGAAGACGAUACUGAGCUACUUGUACGUUAGUCCAAACAACAAAAGAAAGAUCAUGCUGCUGACUGACCCCGAGGUGGAGAGCAGUCUGCUCAUUAGUGCUGACGAGGGGGCGUCCUACCGGAGACACAGCCUGGGCUUCGACAUCCUCAGCCUGCUCUUUCACCCCGAGCAGGAGGACUGGAUCCUGGCCUACAGCCACGAUCAGAAGCUUUAUGUGUCUGUCGAAUUUGGGAGAAGAUGGCAGCUUGUCCAUGACAACGUCGUCGCCAACAGAUUCUACUGGUCCCGACUGGGGUUGGAUAAAGAGCAAGGAAUGAUUCACCUGGAGAUCAGUGUAUCUGAUAGACGCUCCCAGUACAUUACAUGCAAGCUACAGAACUGCUCGGAAGGAAACAAGGGCAAGCCGUUCCCGGGAUUCAUCCGGCCCGACUCCUUGGUGGUUCAGGACCAGUACGUGUUCAUCCAGGUGCCGAUUGCGGGGCAGUCUGUCCACUAUGUGUCCUAUAAAAGGAACCCCUUCUACCCCAUGAAGCUGCCCAAGUACACACUGCCCAAGGACUUGCAGAUAAUCAGCACGGAUGACAACCAAGUUGUGACAGCUAUCCAGGACUGGCACCAGAACGACUCGUACAACCUGUACACGUCUGAGCAGGGAGGGCUGUUUUUCACCCUGGUGCUGGAGAAUGUGGUCAGCAGUGGUGGACCGGAGGGCAACGUCAUGAUAGACCUCUACGAGGUAGCUGGGAUUAAGGGAGUUUUCCUGUCAAAUAAAGUCGUUGACGGCCAAGUGAGAACUUACAUAACGUACAACAAGGGGAGGGACUGGCAGCUACUGCAGGCUCCUGCAAGAGAUCUCCAGGGAAACACGGUAUACUGUGAACAGCCAUUUUGUUCCUUGCACCUGCACCUCCAUGUGUCUGAGAACCCUUACACUUCAGGGAACAUUGUGAGCAAAGACUCAGCUCCAGGAAUUAUAAUUGCGUCAGGUGUGAUGGGCCCCGAAUUAACCAGCAAUAACGUCAGCAUUUUCAUUACGUCUGAUGCCGGGAACACAUGGAGAGAGGUGUUUGAGGAGGAAUACAGCGUCUUGUUUCUGAACCAGGGGGGUGCUCUGGUGGCCAUACGACACACUCCGCUGCCCAUAAGACAUAUCUGGCUGAGUUUUGAUGAGGGCCAGCGCUGGGAUCAGUACAGCUUCACCUCCUCCCCGCUCUACGUGGACGGGGUGCUGGGGGAGCCAGGGGAGGACACCCUAAUUAUGACAAUAUUCGGUCACUUCAGCCAUCGAUCUGAGUGGCAGCUGGUGAAGAUCGACUUCCGGUCCUUCUUCAGCCACCGCUGUCAGCCGGACGACUACCUGACCUGGCAGCUACACAACGAGGGGGAGGUCUGCAUCAUGGGCGUGAAGAGAACCUUCCAGAAAUUAAAAGGCAGCGCCCGGUGCGUGAAGACCAGGGACCAGCAGCGCGCCCGGGACUCAGUGCCAUGUCCGUGCACCGAGGCGGACUUUGAGUGCGACUACGGCUUCGAGAGGGGCACGGAUGGGAGCUGCUCGCCGACGUUCUGGUUUGUCCCGACAGCAGCGUCCCGAGACUGCCCCGUUACCACUGAGAGCUACCUCAACAGAACCGGGUACCGCAGGGCUUUGUCCAAUAAUUGCACGGUGGGAGGUGGGGCACGGCCGGGCCCCAGGCGACAGAGAUGCCCCAGCUCGGCCCCCAGGGGCCUGCAGCUGCUCACCAUGGAGCAGACCCUGGUGGCCCCGCUGGGAAACAACGUAACCCUCCUCGUCUUCCUUGAGGAGGGUGCGAGCGCCACCACUAGCAUAACGGUGGACUUUGGUGACGGCACGGCGGUGUCUUACGCCAACACCAGCUCCAUCGAGGAUGGGAUCCGCCACAUGUACAACAGAGUUGGCAUCUACCACGUCUCGGCAAUGGCUCGCAACCACCUGGGGUCGGACCGGGUCACCCUGUUCCUACACGUCUCCUGUGAGCUGGAGCGGGUCCGGCUCCUGGCUCCCCCGGUGGCCCUGAAGAACCGAGCGGUGAACCUGUCCACGGUGCUGGAGCCCGGGAACGUGGGGGCCGUCACCUACUACUGGUGGCUGGAUAACAAGACGGAGCCCGUGGUGACCCUAGAUGCGGGGAUCUCGUGUUCCUUCUCCAGGGAGGGCCUCCACAACGUGGUGGUGCAGGCGUCCGCGGGCAACACCGUCCAUCAGGACCAGGGAACCGUGGCGGUGUACGAGUCUUUCCGGUCGAAUGUCCUGGCCUUCUCCCCAUACCUGGACGAACUGAACCCCGGGGUGGCGGAGUGGAGAGAGGACAUUAGCCGGGUGGUCAAGACCUCGGUGAUCCAGGCCACGGGGAUCAGAAGGGAGCAGGUCCUGGUGUCCGUGUUCCCUGGACUCCCUACGGCUGCGGAGGUCUUCAUCGUACCCGGAGACGGAAGCGGGGAGGGCAAGUCAGCCCAUCUGGAUCAGCUCUUCCAGGUCCUGAUGAGUGCUCUGAACCAGGACCUGAUCAAGUUCAGCCUGAGGCCGGGGGUCCUGAUCAACGUGUACGCCACGCGCUUCUCCCCCGCGCCCCUAGUGGACCUCAGUGAGAGUGGCAUCUACAAUCACCAUCACAGCGGUGCGGCAGUCAUCAUGCUGGUGUCCAUCGCUCUGAUGUGCCUGGUCGUCUUCGCCAUAUACAAGUUCAAAAGGAAGUCCCCGCGCGGCGACGCCUACACGGUGGAGCAGCCGGAGAAGGAACAGGAAGUGAUUCCCACGGUGACUUCUAUGGUGGUUGCUGACGUCCAGGGCGGCGCGAUGGCAUCACUAGAGCGCCUCGACGUGAAGAUGGACUCCCCGCGCCGAGGCUACCUGCCUUCCCGAACAGACAUCAAACUCUUGGAGGCAGCGCCCCAUGUGUCUUAACGCUGGGAGUCUAUGGCCAAGUGGAAGAGCAAUACGUCUUCUUUGGCAGUCGGCUUUUUCCGUGGCUGAAACACAGACUAUGAAAUGGCCCGGCCUCGGUGAAUACUCCCGGGUUCGUUUCCUUCUUUUUUUUCUCCGCCGCUCGUGCGUGGAUAGACAAGCGCUCACCACGCUGCCCGCUACACCAUGGCGGAGGGAGAAGAUGUGUACAGAUUUAUAUGCCAAUAUGCCCCUCAAAAAUAAACAAUGCGCUUUUUUUUUCUCCUCUGACUCAAAGCACUUGUAUUUUUGGAAGGAACUCUUGCGAUUUUUAUGUAAAUAUCGUAUGUAUAUUGCUGCAACGUGUGAGUGUGUUUUUUUUUCAGAUUGUUUUAUCUUGUCUGAGAUCUGUGCCAUGCGUCUGUGUCGGUCUGUCCAUGUGUCUGCAAUAGAGCUAGGAUCUAAUAUAUAUGAAAACAGUGGGGAAAGAAACAUGACACUGCUGUACAAUAAUAUCAUUUUGAAUGAUGGUUAUCGAACAGAUCUGGGGCCUGGUGUUGGUGCAGUGGGGAGCCCACAGGACUUGGUGGCAGUGUGUGAAAUUACACACGACUAUGAGACAAACUCGCUUCUUUAUUAUGUCUACCCACAAUCUGUGGAUCUUAUCACGAGAUGAAUCAAAUUACCAUCCGGGAGGGUACCACAUCUGUGUUCUUAUCCAACACAAAAUAUAGGGGUUUAUUAGAGGGAUAUGUCAUGUCCUGGUUUGGGGGACUUGGAGCCGACUGAAUGAAAAAGAGUACAAUUUAAAUUGGCACUCAAAUCCACAACCUGACAAAUUAAUUGAAGAAACAAAUGAUGCCAAAAUGAAUCCCGUAGAUACACGUCUCCCUUUCUCCUCCAUCUCCUUGCACAUUCGCUGUUUGGAGGUAGAUUAUACAUUUGUAUGUGAUGUGUGCAUGCAAUGAAACAAAACAGGCAUCAGCCACAUAAAAUCACAUCAUUCAGCUCAUAGAAAAUAAAGAUUUCUUUAUCUAUAACACAAGUGCAGUGCAUUCAAGGGUACUAACUUGUCAAAGUACUGGCACAGUACUGAACUGAAGGGGAAGGUAAAUAGAAUAAAAAAUACCAAUAUGUUUUACAACUUUGUUGAUUGCGGCUUCUGCCAUUACCUGGGCUUUGCUUUGCUUCCAGAACAUAUUGCUAGACGGCUGCUACAUUUUGUAUUUACUCCUCUCCUCGGUUUAACUGUACGUGUUCAUACGAGAAGACGUUGCUUUCAUUUGAUCCAGGUCUCCCCCUCAAAGGACUCUAGCCGAGGGAGUGAGAGAGGUGAGAGGGAGGAGAGGUGGGUGGUGGGGGAGGCGAAAGGGCUGCAAUAGUGUCGGUCUAGUUGGCUGCAAGGGACAGAGAUACCGAAGACAUAUCUGCUGUCAGCAAGGGGGUCUCUGCCUACGCAUAGAGCCGCGGUCCGCGUCUUGUCUCUCCGGGAUAAGCAACUGAACUGCUCUCUCCUUCAGCGCAAACUGAGUUUUCUUCUUCUUCCUCUUGUGUUCCGAUUGUUGUGCCCGUCCACUGGCGUGUCAGACAGACGCAUUGAUUGGAAAACUUUUUCUAUUGCCUACGUCCCUCUUCUGUCGGUCGUGGGUGGACUGGCCCGCGGCAUGGAAUAGACCCCCACACCCCCGAUGCUGCGGACUCUCUCAAGACCGACACUGGAGGAUGGGUUGCUGUUGAUGUUUUUUUUAAAUCCUGUGGUUGGUUAUUUAUAUGGAACCUGUUUGGGCUUCAUGUGCUAAGGUUCUUAAAUACGCAACGUGUGGAUAUAUAAAAACUGUACAUUUCUGCAUGAAGAUUUUUUCCGCUCUGUUGGUCUCCUUAAUGAGAGUCUUGAUUGGAUGUGAAACGCUAGACCUGUGAACUAUACCACAGUUUUCUGGGGGAUAGGCGAGACAUUUGUUAAUAUGAUUAUUAUUGAUGUGCUUCAUUCUGUGUGUUACGUUGACUUUGGUUUUAUUGCUCACGAAAUCACAGAGGUUUUCAGAAUAAAAGCAGUAACCUUAAUUUUA